UAUGUGCACGCUCUCCGCCGCUCCGCCUCUCUCUCCCUCCUCCCCCCUCGCAGAACGGGGCCCUCCUCCUGCGAGAAAAUGGCGUCAGCUCCCGUUCACACGGUGUCAUCGCACCCAACAGCGACGAGAUCUCCAUCAUUGCGAUCCCAUCGUCAAAGCAGGGGGCUACCGAGAACCCUAGACCUGACGAGGGCCUCUCUGUCGGGGCCCAAACAUCAAAAUCAAAGGAGGAGGAGGACGGCUACUCUGGUCGGCGUACAUGCUAGCAGCAGCAGCAGCAGCAAUGAGUCUCCAGCUGUGUCUCUGGGUGAAACGCCUCCCCCGGGGCGGCCCAGAAAUCUGGCCAAACGCCAUACGAUUUCUGUAUUUGUUGGAGAUGAAAGUGGAAUGAUCAAUAGAAUUGCUGGGGUAUUUGCUAGAAGAGGAUACAACAUCGAGUCACUUGCAGUUGGCUUGAACAAGGACAAGGCCUUGUUCACAAUAGUUGUCUCAGGAACUGAACGAGUGCUGCAACAAGUUGUAGAGCAGCUUAAUAAGCUUGUUAAUGUUAUAAAGGUUGAAGAUUUGUCAAAGGAGCCACAAGUAGAAGAUGAACUAAUGCUUAUAAAACUCAAUGGACCAGACAGUCGCCAAGAGGUAAUGGGUUUGGUUGAUAUUUUCAGAGCAAAAAUAGUCGAUAUUUCAGAAGAUUCACUUACUAUUGAGGUAACUGGUGAUCCUGGGAAAAUGGUUGCAGUUCUGAGGAAUCUGAGCAAAUUUGGAAUCAAAGAAAUUGCCAGAACUGGCAAGAUCGCUUUGAGACGCGAAAGAAUGGGGGAGAAGGCCCCAUUUUGGAGAUUUUCUGCAGCGUCUUAUCCUGACCUUGGAGGGGCAAAGGUUCAAAGCCCACUUUUCAGGACCACGGGUACGGGCUUCAAUGGUGAUUCGGAACUAUCUUCUGGAGGUGACGUGUAUCCUGUGGAGCCUUAUGAGGGGUUUUCAAUGAAUCAAAUUCUUGAUGCAAACUGGGGUGUUCUCUACAAUGAAGAUGCAAGCGGUCUUUGUUCUCAUACUUUAUCCAUCCUUGUGAACGAUUCUCCUGGAGUUCUCAACAUUGUCACUGGAGUAUUUUCUAGGAGGGGCUACAACAUUCAGAGUCUUGCUGUUGGUCCAGCUGAGAAGGAAGGAAUCUCUCGGAUUACGACUGUUGUUCCUGGGACCGAUGAAUCUAUUGGCAAGUUAGUCCAGCAACUUUACAAGCUUAUUGAUGUGCAUGAGGUCAAAGAUUUGACACACAUGCCUUUUGCUGAAAGAGAACUGAUGCUAAUAAAAGUUGCUGUCAACACUACUGUUAGGAGGGACAUCCUAGAUAUUGCUGACAUUUUCCGAGCAAAAGCUGUUGAUGUAUCUGGUCAUACAGUCACACUUCAGCUUACUGGAGAUUUUGACAAGAUGGUCGCGCUUCAGCGGUUGUUGGAACCCUAUGGAAUCUGUGAGGUAGCUAGAACCGGUCGUGUUGCAUUGGCUCGUGAAUCGGGAGUGGAUUCUAAGUAUUUGCGUGGGUAUUCAUUUCCACUCUAGUCAUGGUAGCCAUGCUUUGAAGUCAAAAUGUACAUUGGUAGUUUUUUGAGUGAAGUUUUGUAGCUGGUAUGUAUAAUUAUCAGCUGUUUUGGAUAUGGGCUUAAACUUAUGGCUUCAUUUCGCUGGAAAAGAUCGCCAAAGGGUGCCUUCCUUUUAAAUAAAUAACUGCUAUGUUUUAAUAAUCUGUGCAUAAUUUAUUUCUGAAUGUUGCGUUAUUUCAGGAUUAUUACUUUUCAUGAAUGAGAUACUUGUGACGACCUCUUCUCAUA